CGGAGCGGCGGGAGCUGCGGCUGCAGCUGCGGCGGCCCCGGACUCCGGGGGAGCGGUCCCGGCGCCCGGCUGGAGCGGCCUCUCCGCGCCCGAGGCACCGGCCCUGGAGUCACUGGCCACCGGCCCCGGAGGCACCUGCCGGACCCGAAGAUGAAAUCCUCUGACAUCGACCAGGAAUUGUUCACUGAAAGUUACUGCAAGGUGUGCAGUGCUCAGCUGAUCUCUGAGUCCCAGCGCGUGGCCCAUUAUGAGAGUCGGAAGCAUGCCAGCAAAGUCCGCCUCUAUUACAUGCUUCACCCCAUCGAUGGAGGCUGCCCGGCAAAAAAGCUCCGGUCAGAAAAUGGCAGUGAUGGUGACUCAGUGGAUAAGAACAAAUGCUGCACACUAUGUAACAUGUCCUUUACCUCAGCAGUGGUGGCGGAAUCGCAUUACCAAGGGAAAAUCCAUGCCAAAAGGUUAAAACUGUUGCUAGGGGAACAACCAGCAUUAAAGGCCACAGAAGCCGCUCUGGGCUCCCUGAAGCCCCCGCACACGGACAGUUCCCCGGUGGUUCCGUCCCCGCCCCAGCGGAGGGACUCGGACAGGUACUGCCAGCUCUGCGCAGCCUGGUUCAACAACCCCAUGAUGGCACAGCAGCACUACGACGGCAAAAAGCACAAGAAGAACGCAGCCAGAGCCGACCUCCUGGAGCAGCUGGGGAAGACCCUAGACCUGGGGGAGCUGAGAGGCCUGAAGCGCAGCUACACCUGCAACAUCUGCAAUGUCACCCUGAACUCCAUAGAGCAGUACCAUGCACACCUGAAGGGCUCCAAACACCAGACCAACCUGAAGAACCAAUAGUAGCUCGUCAGCGGAGAAGAGGACAAGCACUAAUGCUGCUUCUGUGGAGGGGGAGCGGGUCAGCAGGAGAAGAGGCUUUCUUGGACAGUGAUCCUGUGUGGAUUCAAUAAUUAACAUGUAACUAACCUUCGCUUUGGACACAUACAUGGAUUUUUUUUUUUUAAUUUUGUGGUGAGUUAAAAUAUUUCGAUGGAUUUUUUUACCCUUUCAAGACAAUAUUUAUUCAGCACGGAGUCUAGAGUAUGAUAACUAUCCUGUAAAUACAGCACUUGCUCAUCAGUCAUCUUCAGGGACAGUGGAAACAAACUAUUUUACUUUUUCAUAUUUAUUCUUAGAUUUCUCCCAAGAGUAUAAGAUUAUUCUACUACAUUAUCCAUGAUAGUGAUGUAAUCAGUCUUCAAUCAGAAAUAAACACACUUUCUUCACCUUC